UCUGUAGCGGAACGGUUAUUUUGCGCCGCCGCGCCUCUCGUGUGCAGCCUGCACAGGGCAGAGUGGGGCCUGGUCAGGGUCUGGAUGCGCUCGCGGCGCCGAACCGCUGGACGUACGCCACGAAGGCGUUAGCAGGACCAAUUACUGCUGCGUGGUAGCGCCUAUGACCCGCGUAGCCCGCGUUUGCUGAAGCUGGAAAACCCGAGUUAUUUAUUAGAGCUAAAGCGGCAGUGCUUAGCACCGGGGCCAUAACUCGAGCCAGUGUGCCCCUCCGAGCCGCGCAGAAGUCUUGUAAGGGCCUCAGUAAAAUACGCCAGCAAGGAGAAGCCCGCGCGCAGCACGCGGGCGCCGCGGGCACCGGAAAACAAGCCGACGGCGAAGCGCGCUCCCAGCAGCCAAGCGCGCUCCCAGCAGCCAAGCGCGCUCCCAGCAGCCAAAUGGAGACGCAGGAGACCCAGGAGGCCGCGGCCCCGCCUCCGCCGCCAGUAAAGAUGGAAGUUGAGGCGCCGCCGGCCGCGAGUGCUCCUCCGGCGCCGGCGACGACCCCCGCGACGCCCAGCGAGCCCGGCGCAGCGCCGCCGACGCCGGGCCCGCCUUUGAAAUACCCGCCGGGCUACGGCCCGCCGCCGACGCCGCCGACGGGCGACGAAGAGAGACACUGGGUUUCAGGGGUGGGUUGGAAGCCCGGCCCCGCGCCGCCCGCCGAUUCUUCUAGAGCCGACAACGCGAAACGAGACCUGAAGGGCACGCGGGCCUCGUCGCGCGUGCGGCGCGAGUCGGGCCGCUUCGCGGACUUACAAGAAGACGCCCCGAAAAAGAAGAAGAAGAAGAAGGGCGCGAACCAGUACACGAAGGCGAAAGAACGCGGCGACGCCCCGCCCUCGAAGAAGCAGAAGAAAUCCAAAGAACCUAAAAGGAUUGCGGAGACGACGACGUCCGAAGGUCAAACGGGGGCCAUUGUAGAAAUGUCCCAGAAGGACGCGGCCAUGACGUCGCAACGACGGUUGCGAGCGACCUUGGUCGAGCCGCCCUACGACCUGGAGUUGGUUCCGGACGCGAAGAGAGAUCUGAGCGGUUCGGCACUGAGGCGCGUCGAAGGUACCGCGGAAUGGGAGAAAUUGCUCGCGGAGGCCAUGCUUUUAUGUAAUGAAGCGGCCUGGAGGAGAUUAGGAAAAGAUAGAGGCGGCUCGCAGACCAACCAACGCACUGAAUUGUCACCACCGGACGCGAAACCGCUCAUGCUCGAAUACAUCUCGGACCGCAUCGACACGGACGAGCCGCUCUGGGGCUACGCCGUGCGCACGCAGCGCGAGGCCUGGCUGCAGGGCUUCGUGUGUGUCACGCAGUUCACGACGUGGUGCCCGUCCGUGUGGACAUCAAAUUUCGGGCGCCCCACGCCAUCGACGCGAUGUUGUCUCCGUAGCUGCGCCUGCUCGAUGGCGUGACGAUUCCACGCCAUCGACGUGACGUCGUCCCCGCGACUGUGGCUGCUCGAUGGCGUGGAGGUCCACGAAGAACUCACCGGUCGACGUCCGCGCAGGUGUCCCUACUUCCGCUGGACCGCUGCUGCUCCCGCGGCUGCGGUGACGUUAGACGACUACAAGACGCAUGCGGUGGACGGGGAGGGCCCUGGGUCUGAAGGAGGCUCAUUAUGUCGCGAGUUGCAAGCAUCUAGAAGAUUUGGCGACUGCGAUGGCGAAGGGGUGGUGUGGCCGCGCAUCGCCGAAGUUUCUCUGUUAGGUGGUUUAGGUACUGGGAGAACCUUGAUGGACACCGUGAUAGCCGAGGUGGCGGACCGCGGCGACGCGGACUUUGUGGUGUUGCAGGCCACAGAUCAAGCAGUACCUUUCUACGAGCGUUUGGGGUUCAGUAAAGUGGGCGCGGUCGCCUCCUUCGAGGAGAAGGGCAAGUCCUUGCCGAGAGAAGCGAUGUGCGGUCUGAACGCGUCGUGUGAGCAGCUCGAUAAUGACGGCUUCACGCCCGGGGAGAGGGCUCGCGCGCGCUUGUCCACGGAAUCACUCAAGGCGGCGGAAGGACGACCGCUCAAGCUCAGAGACGGCGCCUGGUGCUUCGUCUGCAAGGAGGACGACACGGUGACGUCGGUCUGCGACUUGCUGAAAUUACCUGAUGCGGCAAAACACGAGGUCAGUGACUCAGCGUGAUUUCCGAACUUUUCCGAACUUCAAGGUCGCGUCGAUGCCACGUCGCCUCGACGCCGUCGACGCGGCCGUCAGAGAGUCUACGCGUCUCGCGCGGGAGCCGCGGCCGCGUCGCGACGCCGUCGUUCGACACAGGUCGUAACCGCCAAUAAGAGCUCUCUGUCGGGCCUGACCCAGAAGAGUCGGGUCAUGGCGUCGACGAUCAUGGCCCUGCCGGCGGCCUAUGCCGAGCAACUCGCAAAGUGUUCUCUAGCGGUCGACGAGCAGACGCUGGAAGGAUGUAACGGCUCGCUGACGACGACGGACGUCAAGGACUUGCGGGAUAGUCCUCAGAAACCACCGACGCCGCCGCCGAAGCCUACAUUAGGUGCGCGCUUGUACUGGGCCCGGAGACUCGCGAGGGCGGCGUUACGGUCGAUACAAGCCCUCGACGAGUACCGCGUCUUCUGGGAACCUGUCAGCAGUGACAUCGUGCCCCACUACCGGUCGUGGGUCGCGUUUCCUUUAGAUUUCACGACUAUUCGGAAGAGGUUAGUUGAUGGGGCCUCACCUUUGGAGUUGCGAGAUGCCUACCUCCCCGAAGAUCUCAGUAUAGAUCUCAAGUUAAUCUGGCGGAAUUGCGCCCAUUUCAACGGCGAAGAUUCUUGGUUAGCGUCAUACGCAAGAAAGGUCGGCAAGCAGGCCCAAGACAUCUUAGAUCGGUUCGCCCGGACGCACGCGCAUCUCCACAACCUGCGGGAGGAGCUCCAGAAGGACGACUGGGACCUGGACGAGGAGACGCGGAACUUCCACAAGGUCAGUGACAGCGUCUGACCUUCGCGUCGAUGGCGUCUUCAUGAGACCACGCCGCCGCGGCGCCGUCGACGCGGCCGUCAGAGCAUCUGUCCCACGCAGGCCGCCGAGACCGACCCCUCGUGCAUGGGCUACGUGCACUGGACCUUCCCCGACCAGACGGUGGAGGACCAGUACCCUUCCUACCUGAUGGCGCGGCGCGUGAGGCCGCUCGGCGACGGUGUCCUGAGAACGACCGCCGACGAUGCCGUGAACACUUUGAAGGGCGUCGUCGAAGCCGCCUCGUCCGCCGCGGAGAAGGCGCGACUCGCGUGUGUGCGCUGCGUCAACAAGGCCAAGAAGACCUUCGGCGAGGCGUACGAGGUUUCGUUGGAGGGGCGCCCGCCGCGCGAGCCGACGAAAUACGAGAUAUCGUCGCAGUUCGUCGGGUCUUCUUAUAGACGUAGGAUGGAGGACACGGACGAAGCUUCGUUAAGACCGGCGACGCAGUGCGUUCCCGCACUAGUGGAGCCCGAGGAUAUCAAUAGACCCGCUCCUUCCAACGUGACGCCGCGAGGGCGCGGCUUCACGGCCAAGCUAGCAAGAGGCGGCGCCGUGGACUAUUUAGGCAUAUUUCCGGACCGUAGAUCAGCUCAAGCCGUCUACGACAAGGCCGCGCAAGAGUGGAAGGAAAAAAACGGCAGUGACGAAGAAACGCUGCGGCCGUUUUCCGUGCCGGACCCGCCCCUGUCAGCCUUGGGGCGGCGGGACGAGUGGUUGGCGCGGGAGUGCCCCUCUGCACCUGUUGCUCUGAGAGCGGCUCACCUCAAAUCCGACACUGAACCGAAUGAUGCUGACAGUCUGAGGUCUAGAGUCGCCGCUUACCUCGAUCAACGCGUCGCACCACCUCCUCAAGAUCCCUACCUGUCGCCUCGUAGUAGAAAGAGACCGCUCUACAACCAGGUCGUGCGCAUCAUCGACAAGCCGCCGUGCUACCAGGCGAAGUAUUGGUUCGUCUACCAGUACGUCCCGGACAUGGAGUUCUGCCACCUGUGCCCCAUGGAGACGCACGGGCUGUUUGAUCGCAAUACGACGCGCGAGGGGCGGCCGCGCUGGCGCUUGGUGCCCGAGGGCCAGUGUCGGGAGGUCGACGUCGGGGCUGCUCGAGUGAAAUUGGUGAAGCACAAGACCGUGGGCAAGACGCCGUCGGCGGACAAGGAAGUGUGGGACGUGUUGGAGAGCGACGAUGAGAACCUGCGGGAGUGCCUCGCGAAGGGGGCUGUAUUUAUUGCCGAGGAGUCCGACGGUGAAGAAAAAGUGGCGCCUUCCGUGGCUUUAGGUACAAAAUCUAGGCCGUCGACGGGUCCGACGUACCCCUGUCCGGCCGGUUGUGGAAGGACGUUCAACCAUCCUCCUGCCGCGGCGAUCCACGGCAAAACCUGCCCCGGGGCCAAGAAGGACCCGGCGCUCCCCGCGCCGCCCGCCGAGGCGCCGCCCCCCGCUGCUCCCGGCGGUGACUAAUGAUCUCGUUCCCCUUUA